UUUUGCGACUAUCAUGUAUCAAGCUACAGUUGUUGCGCUCUAAAAUCCGAAGACAAAGUGGUAAACAAAUCGACUGCUGGCAUCAAAUUUGUACAAUGGACAAGUUCCUAAAAGGUUUCAAUGCAAGGAAAAUGCGGAAAAAAAGCAUCGAGGUCCAAGAAAGGGAGCAGUUUGGUAGACAAUGCGGAACAAAAUAUCCAACAAUGCGGAAACUUGGCUUAGGUAUAGUGUGGGACUGUUUCGAGAAAAGUCAGGAUGGGAAAAAAGCAAAGUGCCGCUUUUGUCGGAGAUCUUACAAAACCAGUGGCAACACCUCGAAUCUUCUCGAUCAUCUGAAGCGCGCUCACCCCUCUUACAGCGAUUUAAUAAAUAACAACGAAAAAAUGUUGGACCGUGCUUUGAUGCAAAUGAUUGCUCUCAACGUGCAACCAUUUUCAAUCGUUGAGGACGCCGGAUUUCGCAAUUUGUUGUAUCGUCUGGACUCACAGUAUGUCUUACCGUCGCGGAUGUCUUACCGUCGCGGAAUACGAUGCAGAACGUGCAUAUGAAAAAUUUGUAUACGGAGUUAGUCGAAAAACUACAGAAUAUUUUAUACAACGUAGAUAGCUGCGCCGUAACAAUGGAUUGCUGGACCUCGAGGGCCAACGAUGGGUACUUGACUGUAACCAUCCAUUUUAUAGACGAAAAAUUCGAUCUCAAAAGUGUAGUGUUGUGAACCGAAAAGCUAGAAGAUCUCCCUAAUCAUUCUUCAGAAAACAUUGCAGAUAUUUGCGCAAGGUUUUAUGUAAUUGUUUUUUAUUUGACAAAGUUGUUGCCAUAGUAACUGACAAUGCGAGAUCCAUGUUAAAGGCAUGUGAGAUUCUUGAAAAACGCCACCUACCCUGCUAUGCCCACUGCUUGAAUUUAGUGGUGCAAGAUUGCUUGGCCCAAGAAUAUUUGAAAACACUGCUGUUGAAGUGCAAGCGAAUUGUUACAUUUUUUAAAAGUAGCACGAUUUUUAUUCCCGUACUCAAAAAAGAGUUAAGGGGUAUAUUCAGGGGUGCCACAGAAAU